AAUCCACGCAGACAGUAUGUCAGUUUGGUUUCCGUUAUUGGAUAAAACAUUGAAGAACAGAUUUGUGAUUUAUUGGAUAUUGACCUGAACUGUAAUCGGAAGCCGCUUGGUUUGCAGGGUUUGCUACAAUGCUCGAACGAGUCUUCAUAACUCAGGUUGUACAUAUUUGGAAAAAAUUUUCAAAGGACUUUCAGUUUACUGUUAUUAAGUCAUGGCCUAACAGUUUUUGAGGGCUAAGUGUUCUGUGAGUAUAUUUAUAUGCUAUCUUCAAAGUGACCUUGACCAGUAGAUAGUGGCUCUGCUAACUUAGGCUUAUCGGUUUCAGGAGUACAGGUUGAUUACAACUAAUUAACAUAUGCAGUAAAAAUAGCACUAUUGCUUGGUGAUCCGAAAACGAUUGAAUAUGGAAAACAAAUUUUAAAAUAAUUGUUUCUGAUACAUGUAGUUGUGAAACAAAUGUGUUAGCUGCACAUAAACAGACUAUAAAUUCUAUCACCCAAAGUCAUGAGUAAGCUGUGUGUAGUGUAUACAAACAAUAGAAGGAAGCUCUGCACGGAUUUAGUAUUUUUCAUAAUACCUUCGCAUAUGUAUCCUAAACUGACUCUUCGAAUAAUAUAACUGAUAUAUUGUUAUCAUCUAUUAGUCUUGUUUCUUACAAUAAUGGCGUAAAUUUGACAUAUGGUUGGUGAUGCGUUCCUAAGUGCCUGUCAGGUGAUGCAGUGUACUUAUUGAACAUGAUUCAAAUUGUUCUGGACGGAAUAGGAUCUUUCGCUUAGCGGGCUUCUGUAUCUAGUAACAGUGGAUCACCGAUACCUUCAGGUAGGAACCUAGGUGUACUGACGAUAAAAGGGGAAAAAGAAGAAAGUUGGUAAAUCGACUUACCAACUUUUCUCUAUGAUCAUAGUAAGAUACUGUCCUCAGUCGUUAAGAGUAUGUCAGUUCUUCUGCGAAGUCGCCUGAACCAGCUCAGCUGGCAGCAAAUUCCAGCAUUUGACUACUCUUAAGGAGUAGAAGAUGUAUAUAUGACCUGUUCUCCUGUGUUGUCUUCAGUUUCCGGGCAUUACCCCUAUGGUUUAUGUUGAGACUAAGUCCAAGUAGGUAUAUAUGGGGAUGUGCAGAAGUGUCAAGGAUGUUGCAGGCCAUUAGAAGGUCACCUCUAAGACGCCUGUACUCCAAUGGGUGAGGGUUCAGUGAUUGGAGGAGCCCUUCAUAAGGCUUUAAUUUGAGUCCUCGAACUGGUUCCGUGGCUCGGCGUUGGAUACGUUCCAGAGUGUCCUUAUCCUUUUGGAAUGUGGGAGGAAAUACUAUUUUUUCGUACUCUAAAUGGGGACAAGUAAAACUGUUGGAGAUUAUGUCGAAAGUUCCUCCAUCGAACUGACCGGAAAUGAGCUUCAAAGUUACCAGGGCAAGGUUUGCUAGGGGGGGCAUUUUUGUCACAGUUGGUGUAACACUUUAAAUCAUAGGGUACCAACACUCCUAGAUCUUUCUCAACUUGGGAUACCUCUAGAGGGGAGUUGCGUAAGUUGUAGUUUGCAAAAUGUAUCAGAUGGACUACUUUACACUACGAAGUGUUAAAGGUAAGCCUGUUGUCAUCUGCCCACCUGUAGAGUCGAGUCAGAUCUUCCUAAAGUGCCAGUUUACCCUCUUGGUUACGUACUUCUCUCCAGAGUUUCACAUCAUCAGCGAAAAGCAAUAAAUCUGACGAUGCCUGCUUUAGAAGAUCGUUUACAUAAAUAAAAAGCAGAGGUCCUAGUACUGAACCCUGGAGGACCCCACCAGGACAUUCCAUAGCCUGAGAGUAAGUGAAGUGAACCCUGACCUUAAAAUAUCGAUAUUUUAAAUAUAUGGUGAGCCAACAAAUUAAAGGUGAUUUGAUACCUAGUCGUUUGAGCUUAUUGAUAACACAUAUGUGGUUGGCCCUAUCAAAAGUUUUUGAGAAGUCAUGGCAUAUGACAUCAACCUUCCCUUUGCGACCAAGGAUGGUUGUCCAUCUCUCUAACACAGUCAACAGGUUGGCUAUACAAGUGUGACCUUUUCCGAAACCGUGCUGUUGGGGGGUGAAAAGAAGUUUAUGGAUAAUGAGUAGUCGUGUAUACCGUCGUAUAUCAAGGACUCCAUAAUUUUUGAGGGUGUAGAGAGAAGUGCUGCCGAUCGGUAGCUUGAAGGUUCGCUGCGAACUCCUUCGAAAAUUGGUGUGAUGUGGGCCAACUUACAAAUUUCCGGUGAUGUGCCUCGACUUAGCGAAUGUGAGAACAUAACACUAAGCGGUAUUGCCAAGAUUGAAGCUGCUUCUCUCAGUAUAGCAGAAUAUAAACUGUUGUAUUCUCUAAUUGGUUUAAGCAUUCUUGCUUUCAAUUAUGAGCCAUUGUUUCGGACUCCACGAAGUUUGGGCAUCUAAGUAGUGUUAUCAGUCAAUAGUCUUUUAUACAGAUAUAUAUUUUUUCUGAGUCACGUCCCGCAUACUUUCCGUUUAGGAUUUGCUAUUUAAUCCGUACCGUGUUUCAGAGAAUCGAACUUUUUCCAUAACAGCUAUUAUUCUGUAUACCUUUCUCCCAAUACCCAGGUCCCAAUUAUAUUCAGUAUAUAUCUCAAGUGUAGCUUUAGAAUAUUAACCUUUUUAAAUUUUUUUAUAUCCUUUAAUGUGCAAAAAUGAAAUAAGUGCAUCUUAUGAUAUGGAAAAACGCGAACUUUUGCGUGAGGCUACUAGACGUCCUUUAGAUGAUGCAGCUAAAGAGAGGAGACAGAGAAAAACUCUUAGCUUGUUGGAACAAGAUAAUCACAUUGAAGAACCCCACUCAGAUGUGAAGGGAACGAAGAGACCACAAUUUGGAGAUGAGGAUGAAGAUAUUUCAGCCAACAAUAAGCGCCGAAAAAAGAAACGCAUAUCGAAUAUUCGUGCACGCUGUAGGAAAACGUUUGAGAUUUUACUGGAUGAAGAAUAUCAAGCAACGAAAGGAGGAACUACUGGUGCGUGCUAUUUUACGGCUGCCGUUCCUCCGAGCAGGCUACCCAGGAGGAAGUUUUGUAAUGUUUGUGGUUUUCAAGGUCUAUAUAACUGUAUAGUUUGUGGUCUACCAUACUGCAGCAGGAAGUGUUAUGAAAUACAUUCAGAUACGCGGUGUAUGAAAUGGGUCGCUUAAAUAACCCUCGUAAUAUUACGAUCACUUGUAAAUAUAUUUCAAUCCUUAAACAUGAGCUUCAACAGAUUGUUUUGGGUAUAUUUGUAUGUUCCGUAUUCUAUAUCGCACUUAUAAUCCUGGCUUAUAGUUAAGCUUCACUCUUCCACGUUACCGUACGUAAUAUUUUCUAACUAUAGUGUUAAGCAGUCAUUUCGAUAUACUUUCUGUCUGUCAUAACUUGUGACCCGUGUGCCCUGUUAAUGUAUGACGCGAUGAUAACGCUAAUUAGAGAGCAAUGAAUUAUCGACCGGACCAAUGAUACAUAAAACCUGUGCGAGCAGUCUAGAAUACUUAUCGGUCCUGCUUCCUUCCUAUCCCAGCCAGUUAAGUCCAAAACACCAAUCUCAGCCUCUGCGGUAUGAAUCAUUUAUUUCAACCAUACUGGGUCUAUAUACCAACCAGACAGACCACACUGUACCAUAAAAUAUGAAACAACAUUUGUACAAGAACUAGCCAAAUGUGGCUGUGAAUGUAGGAGAUAGUAAUUGAUAGACAGGGCAUAAUUCAAGAAUGGUGAAUCGUGUAAUAUUAGUUCAUUGGUCAAAAUAGAGCUCAUAAUAGGAAGGACAUGAAUAUGUAUAGUUUAAUUAUUUAACAAUUAUACGAUAAAAAUAUACGCAUAGUAUUGGUCCAUAAAUGGAUCCCAAAAUUUACCAUUCAUUAUUCUUAUCGGGACAUAACACUGUCUUCUAAAAUUAGGGGUUAUUCAAUAAUGAUAGUGUUUGCUUUAUUGAAUGAUAAUUAACUAUGAAGAACAACUCAUUAACUACCCAUAUGUCCGUGAACUUUCUCUGAACAACAUUUGUUGGUUAGGGGCUAACAAUAUGCCCUGACUACCCAAAACUUAACAGAUAUAUCUAAUUCAUGUCUACUACCCGACGGUUAAAUAAAUAAUCCAAUCUGCUAAGUACGGGUUUUUGUCGUUAAACUGUGCAAGGAGAACCACCUAUACUAGUUCAUGAGGUGUUACAUUUCAGUUACUUGCACGCACCGUGUGCACAUGUGGAGUUGAUUGGUAAAUUUCUCGCGUCUAUGUUUCCUAAGCCCAAUGUAGUGCUUUGCUCAUGAUGAUUCUUAAUCUCCUGAUAUAUAGCGAAUUACGUCCCAUCUUGUGUUGUAUUUACUAAUCAAUAGUGUAUAUUAUCCGAGAUUAUGCCUAAUUUUUGAGUAGAAUAAGUCCUUCACAUGUUUACAAAUAAAAUUAGUGAGAGAGUAACGAAAAUGAUUGGUUUUUAAGUAUUUACAACUACCUGAUCGUAGCUAAUCCCUUCACUAAGUGGUCGGGCUUGUGUGCUGUGGUGACUCAAGAGAGCUAUGUUGGGUGAAGCAUGCCAUCUUGAGAUUCUAUACAAUAUCACAUGCUAAAUUCAUCAACCAGGAACCCGAUAAUAGUUUUUUUAUAUUUCGCGUCAACUAUUCCGUCCAUAGGUAUCAUUACUAAGGUUUGACUUAAUAAUUUCAAAUAAAAUGAGCGUUGGGUAGAUUGCUAUAAAUAAAAAUAAUAUAUUUGUAAUAUCCAAAUGAGUAGAAAAUUAGAUCUUUCUGGCGUUUCGUGGCUCGGUGUGAGCUACUUCUUCUGGGAAUCAGAAACAUCUGAUUUUCUACUCAUUGGGAUAUUACAAAUAUAUUAUUUUUAUUUAUAUUCCGUCCAUAGUCUAGCGUUGUAGACUUGACGAAGCAUACGUUAUGACAUGCACAGCUAACUUUUAGUUUAUGUAAGCUACAAUCCUAUUGGUCCACCUAUCUGCAAGCUUUUCUCUGUACUUCGCCUUGAGUCCGAAGAGAAGUCAUUAACUAGGCUUUUACCAUUACUUAUUUCAAGCACAUGUGGGUUUAUACACAGAUGUAUUGGACCACAUUACACUAUAAAAUAAAUUAAGAAUAUUAGCUGUACAAUAACGGUUAGUGACUUAACAGAAAAAAUUAAACAGAAGUUAGAAGGGGUGUUCCAGUUAUACAGUGAUUACUCGAUAGGAGUGUAUACAAUAUUGACCCAUAAAAUAGUUACGGAAGUUACUAUUUUUCCAGUCUUUGCUCUGAUACACCAAAACCCUUGUUCCUUUAGGUACUAUCAUGUCAGAAAGGCUUGUUAGGAAUUGAUAGUACUAAAAGCAACAACCCUAAGUUCGAGAGCGUAGUCGUAUUGCCGAUGGUGCUAAAGUAAAACAACAGCGGGGUGUUUCCCCAGACAGCCAUUAUCUGCAUUCUUAGAAUAAAGCGAAGGGGCUAGAGGAGAUCGGUCUUAAAGACAACACACCUCACCCCAUGAAUUUCCAUUGCUGGGGUAAACCCGUUAAAGUGCGGAUUUAACACAUCAAAGACUGAAAAUUAAUUUGUGGCCCACCCCAGGAAGUUGUCUUUCGGACUCUGAAACCGCGCUCCCACACCAGAAUUCUCCAACCAUCUCUGUUCUGGGCCGUCCCCGCCAGUUGUUUAAAAUCGCUAUUCAUUCUUUUGAUGUACCUCCCAUUCCCAACGCUGUGUUCCUUGGUAUUCCCCCUUUUCUUUUCCCUUCAUGAUGCCAAGUUAGGACUUGCUUCGUGAUGCAGUUUAAUGGUUUCCGCAAUGUAUGUCCUAUCCACCUUCGACAUCCUUCCUUAAUUUAUCUUCCAGAUGGAAGUUGGUUUGUUCUCUGUCACAUUAGGUUGUUGCUGAUGGUAUCCGGUCAACGGAUCUUGGUUACUCUGCGUAGACAACUGUUUAUAAGUACUUGUACUGUUUCGAUGAUGGUUGCAGUUGUCCUCUAAGUUUCAGCUCCGUACCAGAUUACUGAGGUCGCUGUUAAUCCAGUUUCUUUUUCAGGUACAUCAGGAAGAAGAAUCUUUCUGUUAUAUGGUCGACCGAGAAAUAGUAACCUCCCGAACACCAUUAACUAGGCUUAUUUACUUCAUUUUGCCCAGAUCGACAGAAUUCGAUCGUCACUAAGUUCUAGAAGAGCAUGAUAUUGGUUACUACUCAGCGGUCAUUCAUUGUAACAAUCUAAAUCCUGCGUGUUAGUCGCGGUUCAAAUGGCCUAUUAAUAACGCAUUUGACAAUGGCACUGGGUGACUCACGUUCGAAUUUCGUUUUGGGGAUCAAUUUCCUCCAAAUUUCAAGUGUGAUCUGCUGCAAGUUCCAGCUAGUUAAAAGCUUAUGUUCAAGUUUCCUGGCAAUUACCGUCAACAACUGAGUUCAGACAUGCCAGUAUUCCACGGUUUCUAUUUUUCAUGAAGGUUGGAUGACGUUUGUCUCAACUGAUGCUAUACCGUUUUUCAAGUUUAAGUUGAUUUACAUUCGUAUGAGGACUUAUAGAGCAUCAUCUCAUGUGAUAUGAUACUGACGAUCCCCAUUGUCACUACUCAUGUUCAAAUUUGUCACAGAUAUAAUGGUUGAAUCUUCGGACCUAAAAUUGUGACAUUCGAUGAGGAUAGAAAUAACGGAUAAAUAUGUAUAUAUUUCCGAAGCCAGUUGCCAAAUUGUUACUUUAGUAAUCAACAAUAAUUUGUUUUCACGUGUAAGUAUCUAUUAGUUUUUUCAUAGAUUUUCCUUGUUUUGUUUUCCUAUAGUAUCCCCGAAAUAUAUGUAUAUAGUAUGGUAAGCAAGACUAUAAUUUACGGAUGUUGUUUGAGCGACGCUAAAGUGACGUUGAGAAAAUUUACCUAACCAAUAGAAUGAAAUGAGGAUUAUAAUUUAAUGUAAGGAAUUAGGAUUUACGGUUGGACGUUAGGGUUUCCAUCAUGAACUAUUCUAUUUAGCCAUAUGGAUAAGUGGAUUUCGAGCCAAAAUCCAAGACUUACUAUCUUAACUAAUUGGUUCGUCCAGAAAUUGUGAUCUUGCAGUAUGAUGUUGACACAGUAAUCGUUAUUAUCGAUCUCCUAAUGUCUAUUAUAUUCCUAUCCGCUUACAUUGUGUCAUUUACUUCGUAACUUCAUUUACCAUGCUAAUGACUAAACUCUCAUUGUAUUUGGAAGCCAAAUUAUAUAAACAAGGUACAUUACUAAAUUAAAAAUAUGUUGAAUUAUCUCUUCCCUAAUUAUGUAUAUCUUUGGUGUAUGCUUUAUAGACUAGAAUAGCACCAUUUUAACCUUUAAGCUUCCUGAUAAAACGAUUCAUCCUUUAUACUGAUCAGGACUGGUUGUUUGACAAGUAAUACGAUUAUAUUUUAUUGCACACCUACGCACACAUAACCAUGUCAUUUGUCGCGGAAAAGAAGAUUAUAUUAUAUAUAUAUUAGCAUUUAUAAAUUUCUGAAUCAAUAUUUCCCACUGACAUUUCAAAAAGCUAUGUUUGGGAUCUAAAAAACUUUAAGUUUCUUUCUUUACAAUGUAGUGAACCUGGCUCAUCAAUGAAUAAUGUUGUAUAGUUUAAAGAAAGAUUCAGUAUUUUCCAUUAUUGAAUUAUGUUAUUUAUACUGAGUUCUAAGGUAAAUCGACGACAUAGAAAAGAGAAUGAAUUGGCGUUGUUGAUCGUUCUGUAUUUUGGACAGAUUUUUCAAAACAAAGAUAUACUUUAUUAAAGAUAACCACACACAAACACAUUAUUGCAUUAUGUGCUUCGUUGCAUGCUUUAUUUAUUCAAUGAUUGAAUAUUAGCUAUUAUCCGGGCCAAAUGUUGGCACAUAUCCCCCAUCCCACCUACCUUAUUUCUUUUUACUUAUUUUAUGAUACCUGGAUAUAUAAUGCUGAAUACAACAAAGCAAAAAAAAUUUCAUUCUAGUCCGAAUUUUGUGUACAUAUUUUUGUAGGAGAGGUGUAUGUGUUACACUAAAUAUUGCUGUAUGAAAGGCAGGUCGAAAAUAUCGAAUGAGAAACACUAAGAAGGAACCAUUAAAAAACAACAUAAAAAAGUAAAUCGUAAUUUUUGUAGGCUGAUGUAAAAGCGUAAGUUCUAAUAUUUGUUAACUG